AUGUGGCUGUAUGGAUUCUUUCUAGCGCUCCAGUUCAUUUUGGCACUUGGUAACCGACCCGUAAGCGAGACAUUCGCUUACAUGUUAUCUUUUACUGUAUUUGGCGUCCUUGGAUCCUACACACUUACCAUUUCGCUUUGGAUGACCAUUCGUUCACUCUCACAUCUCGCUGCUGAAAAUAAACCUGCAGUGGAUAUUGUGCUAAAUAACACAACGGCCGUGCUGAUUGCUUCUUUAGCCGCAAUGUACGGCAUUUAUCUUAUUGCUUCCUUACUUUACCUAGAUCCAUGGCACAUGUUCACGAGCUCCUUUCAAUACUUUUUUAUGGCACCCUCAUUUGUCAAUGUUAUUAACGUUUUUGCAUUUUGCAACCUUCAUGAUGUUAGCUGGGGCACGAAGGGCUCAGAUAAAGUCGAUGCUCUCCCUAGCGUCACGACGACGCAAGAGUCUCAACUGAGUGAAGAUAUGGCGGAAGAAGUGGCUUUGCAGCAAGAUGACCUUGAUUUGCGUUUCAAGUCUGUUGUAGAGCGCGCGAUAUCCCCAAUUCAUUCAAAACGAGAGCGAAUCUAUCCGUCUAUGGACGAUAGCAACAAGACAUUCCGAACGCGUCUCGUUGCGUUGUGGCUGCUCACAAAUGCUAUUCUUGUGGCUGUGAUAAUGAAUUUAUACUUGUUCAAGCCAGGAGAAAAUCUCGGCCAAGAAGUUGAAGAAGGGCGCCACAACCAAGAGCUUUAUUUUAAAGUUACUUUGUGGUCAACAUUUGGCUUAGCGUUCUUCCGCUUCUGCGGUUGCGUGGUGUUUUGGCUGCAUCGACAGUGCACACGUUGGUCACGCCAUACGUAG